UCCUGGGACCCCAUGUCCCACCGUGUGCCACCCAGCCCUGUCCCCAUCCGGUCCCCACCCUGCCCACAGCCUGUGGCCACCCUGCCCCCACCAAGGGCCACCUACGCGUGGGGACGAGUCGUGACCUCGCUUCCUUCCCCUUCAUCCGAAGAGCCGCCAGCCAGGGGAGCGGUGGCCACAGCAGCCAGUGACAGCCAGUCCACAUGGCUGGGGACAGCGGGAUGGCCGGGAAGGUGACGCUGCUCCUGUGGGCCCAGACCCUCGGCCUCGCUGGUGAGUCCUCGGGGGAUGCCGGGUCCCCACCCCGCUGUCCCCAGCCCCGCGCUGGCCCUGCCAGGCUGGUGUCCCCUGUCACCCGCAGGUGCCCAGACCCUCCAGCUCCUCGUGGAUCCCCCCUGGAGGCCGGCGGUGCUGUGGGACGAGGUGACACUGACCUGCCAGGGCUCGGGGACCGCCCGUGCCACCGCCUGGUACAAGGACGGGUGGCGCUGGGAGCCGAGGGGACACAACCGCCUCACUGUCACCGAGAGUGGCACCUACCAGUGUGCCAGACCCGGCAGUGGGCGCAGCCCCCCCGUGACUGUCUCAGACGACUGGCUGGUGCUGCAGGUGCCGGCGCGGGCGCUGCUGGAGGGGGACACGGUGACACUGCGCUGCCGGGGCCGGCAGGACAACAAGGUCACCGGGGUGUCCUUCUACCACGAGGGGCAGGAACUGGGGCGGCUCCCCGAUGGGACCGAGCUGUCCCUGUCGCCUCUGGAGCUGCACCACAGCGGCCGCUACCGCUGCAAGGGCCGAGUGGAAUGGUGGGGGUGGAAGGAGUCAGCGCCGGUGACAGUGACAGUGCAGGUGCCCGUGGCCAAUGCCACCAUCACCCCCGCUCCCCCGGCACACCAGGUGUGCCCAGGUGACCCCGUGACCCUGCGCUGCUCAGUGCAGGUGGGCUCAGCCCCUGUCACCUUCACCUGGCUGCACAACGGGCAGGAGGUGGCCCGGGGUCCCCUCCUGGAGCUUGGGAACGUCAAUGUGGCACAUUUGGGCACCUACCAGUGCGUGGCCACCAACCAGCUGGGACAGGACGAGCACCGGGCACUCAGCCCAGAGCUGGCCCUGGAGGUGACACCUGACUCACCCUGGCUCACAGCAGUGGCUGUGAAUGUCGGCAGGACCCUCCUGUUCCUGCUCCUGCUCCUGGCUGUCGUUAUGGGCUGUCACUGGUGGCACCAGCGGCGUGGCUGCCAGGAAGCCCCAGGACAGCUCCCCACAACCGGUGUCACUCUCAGAGCCCCCAAGGGUGUCCCCCCGCCCUGCCCCACCUCGGGAUCCACGAGUGACCAACGCGGAGCUGUCGGGACCCUACGAGUGACAGCGGGACCCCCGUGACUACGAGGACAUGCUGUGACACUGGGGGCACUGGGGGUCCCUGCCCAAUGGCACCCGCCGUGUGUCCCCCCUGCCAAGGCUCCCAUGGGUGCCCACCGUGCCCGAGCAGUGGCCACGAGUGGGGGCUCCCAUGUGGGGCUGCCCAGAGCUCCCCAUUCCAGUGCUCCCAGUACCUCCAGCGCCUCCCCAUUCCCUCCCCCAGUGCCAGGGGGCACAGGACCCUUGUCCCUCGACCCAAAACGCAGCUUUUUGAUGAAACCAGGAGAAAUGGUCUUUGUUUGUUCAGCUCUGCCGGGUCAGCUCGGGGAGGAGCAGGGUCCCGGUCAGGUUGUCGCGUAGAUCAUUCUGGGAUUUGCAGGAUUUUUGGGGCUCCCUCCGUCCCUUGGGGACAGCGACAAAAUGAUCAGUUGGGGCAUUUCCGGACUGAUUCCCUCGCAGAGGGGAAGGAGCUGCCGCUCCCUGUUUGUCCCCUCUCGGUGACACCGGCCCGGGGCUCGGGGACCUGCGGCGGUGCCGCCCCGUCACCACGGACACCGAUCCCGCGGCUGGAGCCCGGCAGCAGCACCGGGAGCGCCCCGAGAGCCCCGGGACGGAGCCGGGGGUGUCCCUAAACGCCGCCCCAAAGCUCGCCCCAUCCCCGGCCCAGCCCUGCCCGCUGCCCCCGGUGCCCAAAGCCCCGCACCCGGCGCUCCCCGAGCUGCGCCUGAGCCCCGGAGCUGCUGCGGAGCCUCGGCCGGGCCCGGGCCUGGGGCGGGCGGGGGCGCCGGGAGGUGCCGGGAGGGCGGAGGGGAGCGGGGACCCCGGGGAGGAGCCCCCGGCACCGCGGGAGCGGAGUCCUGGCCUCGGGUCGCUGUCGCGGGUCGCGGCCGCCGUCGC